AUAAGAAUUAGCAUCAGAAAAGCACGGUUCAUUUUAACCUGCUGCUGACUUUUGCACAGCAAUUGUGCAAAUAAUCCGAGGAAGGAAACAGCGACCUCUUCAGGCUGUUGUGAGACACUGUCGUCUGGCGUCUCUGCUGUCAGUAUUCAGUCAGUGGGAGGGUAGACAGCAGCAGCAGCAGCAGCGGCGGCAGCCUCGGAGCUAAAACCAACGUGACAGACCGGAGACUUAAUAACAGCACCCGAUCCAAGAGCGGCACUUCAGGAGAGACCCUAAUGCUGCAUGCGGAGGCCACCAGUUGUCGUCCGUCGACCGCUGCGUGAGGACAGCGACCCAGCCGGCUCGACAGCAAGCGGACGCGGACCGCAGUGGAUGUUGUUGCAUUGUUCACGUGAAAGGAAGAAAUACGCUGGUUUGCAGCGGACCCGCGCGCGGUCGACCGGAACCGGACCCCGCCGUCGAUUUGUCACGAUGUUUUAUCGCGGGAUGCGUCGAUACGCUGGAUACCGAAUUUAGCAGAGUCGUCGCAUCACGCUGGGUCCGCCAGCCCCGUGUUGAACUUGGCCUGUAGAGCAAACAGCGCGUAGCUCUGCUUAAAUCUAUGGAAUUUUUAUUUUCUGGCCGUGAGUCUUUUUCGUCUUUAUUGCCAUUCGGCGAUCGCCUCUCUUAAAUUACUCGCUCGGUCAACUCGAGCAACUGCAGCUGUCGCUUUGUCUACAUCUGAGGGGAAUGGAUAUGACGAUACGAAAGUAAACCUGGACCUGGUUUGGGGGUUUUGGAGCCAGGUUUCCUGCACUCUGAAGGUCUAAAGAAUAUUAAGGCUCUUGCCCUUUUCCUUCUUGUGGUCCCUUAUGCCCAAUGACGGCUGUCUCCGGGUCACUGCAGGAUGGAUGAAGUGGAUUUGACAGUUUUUGUCUGUCACCAUCAGUGCUUGCCUCUCAGUGACUGUGUCUUGUUCUUUUACAUUUAUAAAAGAACACCUCCUCUCUUGGGCUCUGGCCCCUUACACUGUAAGAGUAACUGUUAGUAAGGAAUACCCCACGGAGGGGGCCUUCCAGCAAACUCUGUGGUUCACGUGAGCUUUUUUUUUUUUUUUUUUUUUCAUAGGCUUUUUGUGCCACAGUCAAAAGCAGAAAGAGGAAAUUUCCUCAAAAGGUCAAGGUUUACAUUUGAGUUUUUUUUCGUAAUAAUUUAUUUAUACAAUUUACGUUGUUUUUCUUUUCCUGGAGAGAUGUCGUCGGAAAAUCCCAACAAGGUGGUGACUUUCUUGGCCCCUCCACCUCCAAAGAAUGUGAACGGCUCCGGUUCGGACUCACUGGUGGGUGAGAAGCUAGACACGGAGGUCAGAAAACGACGCCACACCAUGGAUAAAGAUCUGAAGACGGCUGAGCACAGAUUUUUUAGGCGUAGCGUCAUCUGUGACUCCAAUGCCACAGCCCUGGACUUGCCCAGCAAAGCCUGCAUCCUCACCUCGCCUCCGGACUGCGAGCAGUUCAUUGUGCCUGUGGUGCUGGGUUCGGCCCCUGACGUUAGCAUUGACGCCCAAGUGGGUGUUUCGGGUGUCGUUUUGGAAGAACGUGCUGAGGAUGGAAGAGCUGCUGGGGUCGAUGGGAUUGUGGAGGUGCAGAGCCCAUCCGUGCAGGAUGUGGGUGUGAGGCAGAGCGAGGCCCUUGGGAUGGCGGAGAAGGAGCCCAGCGUCGUGAGCGACAAGGAGCAGGAGAGCGGAGUAGCAGAGAAACGGGAGGAGGAAGAGGAGGAGAAAGGGGUGGCGAGGGCCCGUGCCGAAGCUGAGCAGAGGGAGGCUGAAAAAAAGUUUCGGGAGGAUGAAGAAGUGGAGACCAAAGCCGUGGGCACAUCACCCGACGGGCGUUUCCUCAAAUUUGACAUCGAGAUUGGACGCGGCUCGUUCAAAACCGUCUACAAGGGCUUGGACACGGAGACUACGGUGGAAGUAGCGUGGUGCGAACUUCAGGAUCGGAAGCUGUCGAGAUCAGAACGCCAGCGCUUCAAGGAAGAGGCCGGCAUGUUGAAAGGCCUGCAGCACCCAAACAUUGUGCGUUUUUACGAUUCAUGGGAGUCGCCCUCCAAAGGCCGCAAGUGUAUUGUGCUGGUGACGGAGCUCAUGACGUCAGGAACCCUAAAAACGUAUCUGAAGCGCUUCAAGGUGAUGAAGAUAAAGGUGUUGCGGAGCUGGUGCCGGCAAAUCUUAAAGGGUCUGCACUUCCUCCACACCAGGGCUCCUCCCAUCAUUCACCGGGACCUUAAGUGUGACAACAUCUUCAUCACCGGUCCCACCGGCUCUGUUAAGAUCGGCGAUCUGGGCUUGGCCACCCUCAAGCGCUCAUCAUUCGCUAAGAGUGUCAUAGGUACCCCUGAGUUCAUGGCGCCUGAGAUGUACGAGGAAAAAUACGACGAGUCGGUGGAUGUGUACGCCUUCGGAAUGUGCAUGCUGGAGAUGGCUACCUCGGAGUACCCGUACUCUGAGUGUCAGAACCCCGCUCAAAUCUAUCGCCGAGUCACCAGCGGAGUUAAACCUGGCAGUUUCGACAAGGUAGCCAUUCCAGAGGUGAAAGAGAUCAUCGAGGGAUGUAUUCGCCAAAACAAAGAUGAAAGAUACGCCAUCAAGGACCUUCUGAACCAUGCCUUCUUCCAGGAGGAGACUGGGGUGCGUGUGGAGUUGGCUGAAGAGGACGACGGGGAGAUGAUUGCUAUCAAGCUCUGGUUGCGCAUUGAAGAUGUCAAGAAACUGAAAGGCAAAUACAAAGACAACGAAGCCAUUGAGUUUUCCUUCGACCUCCAUCGGGAUGUGCCAGAAGAUGUGGCUCAGGAAAUGGUUGAGUCGGGCUAUGUUUGCGAAGGUGAUCACAAAACCAUGGCCAAAGCCAUCAGAGACCGUGUGUCACUGAUCUGCCGCAAACGAGAGCAAAGACAGCAGGUGCGAGCCGAGCAAGAGAAACGCAAGCAGGAGGAGGAGCAGAAGCAGUUGUCCAGCGAGUCUUUUAAGAACGUUCCCGGUUCUCAAGGUUCUGCACAGAGCCAGUGUGGUUCCCAGCCUCCGACUCCUGGCCUCGCCCAGCCUGAGUGUGAGGAGCCUGAUGUAGACCAGCAUCUUCAGUACAUGCAAAGUGGAAUCACCUUGGCUGACGGAACACUUGACAGUGGUCAGGGUUCAUCCGUUUUCUCAGAACCUCACCUCAGUCAGCUCAGCAUGUCAUAUAGCUCUCCUGCAUCGUCACAACCCCAGCAGGUGCCUGGACAGGCCGUCUACCCUCCCAGCUCUCAAGCUCCCCAACAGCACACCGCAUACCCCCAGCAGCCCAUGCCGCAAUCGGUGAGUCAGCCAUACGGUGGAGGAGGCUCAGGUCUGGUCGAGCCCCCGCUCUUUUUCCCAACCAUCCCGGAGCGGCCCGUCUCGUUCUCCCCUCCGCCAUCUUGCCCGCCUAAAGCUUUCAACGUGCAGCGCCGCAAGAGCACCUCCAUCCUAGAGGCCCAUACACGUCACUUCCAGCCCGCCUACCAUCGUAGCUACGGCAGUAGCCUGCACCCGUUUUCUGGCAUGGAAGCUUUAGGCCCUGGCGUCGAACCUUCCCUGUUUAUGAUUCCCGGUAUGGCACCUCAAAGAUUGGCAGAGCCACUGCACCUUCAGCCCCCAGCGGAGUCACUGUACGGGUAUAAGGAUGUGAGGGCCGAGCAAGAGGAGGCUGUACGCAGACUCAGCCUCAACCAGGCUGCAUUAAUGGACCAGCUGGAAGCCAUGGCCUAUAGUGGCUAUCCCAUGACCGCGCAUCAGCUAAGCCAAAUCAGCUUCCAUCAGCAAAUGCAGGUCGCGGCUGCCGCUAGCUUGGCCUAUGAGACUCAAUCACAGCCUGGGCCAGCUUACCUACACCCUCAUGUCCAGAGCCACAUGCGCUUGACCCACAGCCCCAUCCCGCAACUGCCUCCCAUGAGUGUGUCUAGCUCAGCCUCUGCACCACAGCAAACCACAGUUACAGAUCCAGGGUAUCAGCCCCACUCGUUUCCUCACUCCGCACCACCCGUGUUGGCCCAUGCGUCCGAGCCGAACACCGCCUUUGAAUUCCACAUGCACAACCUCCAGGCAGACCCAGCCAUGCUGGCGUCCAGACUCUACCGAGCCCGCCGGGGCUCCAUGGACCUUAACUUGGAGGAACCGACUGGCAACCCAGGCUUGUGUGGUCGACUACAGCCCGUCACCGAAGAACUGUACAGCUACGUGAGCCCGGAGCUGCCCCUUCCCCCAGGCAGCCUGCUUCUCCAUGGACCUAAAGAACUCAGUCCUGAACCUUCAAGUGACUCUAUGACCUCCUCCGAUGCUGGAGAGUUUCACUCGCCUCCACCUCAUCAGUUGUACCAACCUCAAGACUGUUCUGCUGCUCAAUCCAUCCCACAAACGUCUUACUACAAAACAGAUGGAGGGAGUAACAUCAGCGAAGGACAUCCACCUAGUCAGACGACGUUUCUGUUUGUUCCACCUUCUGAAUCGUCCAACGCUCCAACCUCGCACAUCACUGCUCUGCACAGUACUUGGACCCGUCAACCAUCUCUUCCACCGGACCUCACAUACCACGAACCUGCCUUGUCUCAUCAGGGCACUACCUUGGUACAGGUCCCAAUCCCUCAGUCCACAAGUGCCGUGUCUCUGGUUUCCUGCAGCACCCCAUUACCCGCUUCUGCUUCUCAACAGUAUGGAGGUUACUACGUCCAAGCACUCCCUUCGCAGGCUGCUGUUCCGCUACAGACUUCUCUGGCGGCAACAUCCCAACCGGGUGUCACUUUACCCCAACAGCAGGCUCCCCAACAGCCUUCUAGCACUGUGGUUCAGAGCAGCUCCCAAAUGCAGGCACAGCCCAGCCAUCAGCCCACACAGCUUCUCUGCGCGCCAACUAUAGCAGUUGCCCCGUUUCCGCAGCAGCCAGUGCCUGAAGCGCUGACAUGCCCGGCAGCUCUGCCUGCUCCAGCCACGUCCCCAUCAGUGCUGCCGCCCCACCUGCCCCAAUUGGUGCCGCCUCUAAUGACACCUGUGCCAACCAUCCUUGUGGCCACAGUCCCUUCCCCCAUCGAACAUCCUUGUUUGCCAGCAGACAUCCCAGCGCAGACAUCUCAUAGCGUCUCUCAGACUUUGAUGACAGAGCUGUCACAACUCCAAACUCCUGCUGUGGAGAGCUGUCAUUCUGAUGUGGCAUCUGGACUCAGCGAUGGUAAUGAGGGUGUAACAUGUGGCAGGCAUGAGGGUCGUUCUACCAAACGGCACCAGCGCAGAUCAGUACGCAGCCGUUCACGCCAUGAAAAAACCUCUAAGGCCAAGCUCAAUGUUCUUAAUAUAUCUAGAAUGGGUGAUAGAGUUGCAGAGUGUCAAUUAGAAACACACAACAGAAAAAUGGUGACUUUCAAGUUUGAUCUCGACGGUGAUAACCCGGAGGAAAUUGCACAGAUAAUGGUACAAAGUGAAUUCAUUCUAGAGAGCGAGCGUGAUUCCUUCAUCGAGCAGAUUCGAGAGGUCAUAGAAACAGCAGAUGAGAAAGGUGUAGAGAGAGAACGCAGCCAGACGGUUAGUGAUCACGAGCAGCAUAUGCCCACCACAUCUGCACCUCUUGAACAAGGUGUGCCGCCUAGUUCAGCUGCCCAGGUGGUUCAUUCUGCAGGUCGAAGGUUUAUUGUGAGUCCAGUGCCUGAAUCCAGACUAAGGGAGCAAUUCUUUAGCUCACCCCAACCCACAAUCGAAGAGCCUUCAUCCUCUGUGUCAGUUGCACCGCCUGCCUUGGGGCUUUCUAUGUCUGCGUCUGCAGUUAGUCUCCAGCAGGCAUUCUCUGAAAUACGCCAAGGCCGUUUUGACCCAGGUCCCAGCACUGCACCGCCUAUGCUCCAUGUCUCCAUGCCACCUCUGGUUCCCACCACAGCACCCUUGCCCUCUAGUGCCGCCCCAGUGGUCCCUCCCUCAGUGUCUUCUGAAGUGACUUCUUCACCAUCUCUACCCUCCGUCUCCAUAAACCCUCCAGGCUCAUCGUCUCCUCCUCCUACCCUUCCCGCUUCCUCCUUAACCUCCCCUCCAGCCCAUUCGCAGCUCCCCCUGCCUCAAAGUCAGGUUUUACCUGCCGUCAUCAGUGUUAUUUCCACUCCUUCCUCAUUGCCAGUGCCAGCUGUGCCUACCGCUACAUCCUUCCCCCAAACCUCAGUCUCCAUGCCCGUACCUGCCUGUACCGCAGCCACACUCCCUCAUACUACAACUCCUAUGGGAUCUGUUUCUGGUGGCAGUAGUGAACAGCCACCCAUCCCUUCCACUACAGAUCAGCUCACACCACUGGUCAUCCCCACCACAGCAAUUCAGACGCCCUCGCUCGCACCAUCCACCACCACGGUUAUUCCUACUUCGGCUGCUCAGUCACAAGUGCCCACCCUCCAGCCGGUUACCACCACCAUACCCAUCGUUCAACCCACACCCGUGCACAGCCAACCUCAAACCUCCACUGUGCCCAAUCAGAGCCACGCACAUUGUGUAGAAUGUGACAGCGACCCGCAGGGAAAGGGUGUUGAUGACAUUCAGGCUCUGGAUAAAAAGUUGCGAUCGCUCUUCAUGGACCUGGGCUCCGCUCCACCCUCUGCCCAGUCUGAUGUCACAUCUGACCCCAUGGCGGCAAGCAUCCCUGGCACCUCCUCUCCAACUGCCUGUGCCACCCCUAGCGGUACCCCUCUCCCUCCCUCUAGUUUACCCCUUAACUCCCCCGGUCAGCCCACAGGCUCUCCCAUGACAUCCAUGGGUAAUGCCUCCACACCAGUCGGCUACAGUCAGACGACUCCUUCCAAAGCGCCAUUAUCAAGAUUACCGGUGUUGCCUGUCGGCCCAGAUCAGGCUGGCACGCCGCCCACAGAGCACCUACCACCCUUCCCAGGACCUUGUUUAACUCAGUCCCAGCAGCCCCUAGAGGAUCUGGAUGCCCAGCUGAGACGGGCGCUGAGUCCAGAGACCGUCCCAAUCAACAGUGUCACGCACCAGUCAUCUAUCACUGGGAUGCCACCUGGAGGACAGCCAGUUCCGUUUUCUGUGGAUGAUGAGACACCAGCUUCACCUGCAGCUGGAGGAUACAAACUGGGAAGAUUUCAGGUGUCAGCGGCUCCCGAUGAGAACGCCCCACAGGCUCCCAGCACCUCUCAUGACUCAUCCUCCACAUCUUCUUCCUCCACCACCACCUCCUCUUCAUCCUCCUCCUCCUCCUCUCUCUCUAGUCCCGAGAACACGCUGCACCGAACCUCCUCUCCCCUUAGAAACACGAAAGCAGAUGUGGUUGAUGGCCUCCCUGCUCUGCCCAAUCGGACGACAACCCACCCCCAGCCCACCACCAUCGGCCGCUUCCAGGUGACAACCAAGACUGACACAAAGGUGGGCCGUUUCUCAGUGAGCAGAGCGCAGGACGAGGCUCCUGUGGCGAGCUUACAACCCCCAGAACCCCAGCUGCCACCUCAAGCCCAUCCAGCUGUGGGCAACGGUCCAGCUCAGAGUCCAGGGAGCAUCAACAACUCCGUCAGCUCCUACUUCAGCAGCGACAAUGACUCUGAGUUUGAAGACGAGGACUUUAAGAGAGAAGUCAGCAAGCUGAGGGAGAAGCACAUGAUUGAGAGUCAGGCUCUGUACACCCGGCAGAAGGCAGAGAUUGAUGCCCUUUUUUCUCGUUUGGGCAAAGCACCUCCCUCCAUGGUAAACCCUCCCGUUGUGAACCCAGCCGGCCGUAGACGACGUCCUACCAAGAGCAAAAGCAGCAAGUCCAGCCGCAGUAGCUCACAGGGCAGCAAGAGUCCUGUUCAGCCAGCAACCAGCACUUUAUCCGCACAGAGCGCUCCCUCUGUGUACCCGCCUCAGCAGGCCUUCCUGGCCCCUGGGGGGAUGAUAGACGGGGAGCAGCCUCUGCUCCAGUCCUUCAAACCCUCCCCUUCUAAUGAGAACCUGUGCUCCGCUUACACCAGUGACGCCACACUCUCCGCGCCCAGUUUGUGUGUCACCUCGCAAGGCUGUGUAAAGUUCAGCUGUGGGUCGGAGAGAGUGACCUUCAAACCAGGUGGCAGGAGGACGCGUUUUCUGAGUACGCCCUGCUUGGCUCUUUGGAAGAUGGUGAAAAAAGUGUGCCCCUGCAACCAACUCUGUAGGACGAGCAGCACCAACACGGUGGCGGGAACCGUACAGAAUCAAAACCAGCCGCCCGUCUCUCAGUCCCAGAGCUGCAAGGGCAUGUUCACAGACGAGCUGCACAAAUUGGUGGACAACUGGGCCAGGGAUGCUAUGAACCUGUCGCAGGGCAAGAGAAGCUCCAAGCACCAACAACAAGUGGUUCCCCAGGGCCACAGCUACGAAAUGGUUCCUCCUACCAAUAUGGGCCGUAAGUACUCGGCUCCUGGCCAGCUGUGCCCAAGCAUCGCUUCAACUCUGAGUGGCCACCCGCCCAUUCCCAACACUCCCGCUACCUCUCUGGGGGCCCGGAAAGGCUCCUUGUGUCCCACACCGCAGUAUGGCUACCCCUCUGCACCUUACAGCGCCCAGUGGGCUGGUUCAGUCGCACACACCCAGGCCGGUUUGCUGGCCACCUCGCAACCCCUGGGACAGUAUCCCCAGGUUCCCACCCCUUUACAGACCUUCCACAUCAGCACUUUGCAAAAGUCAGUGAGCCACCCGGGUGGACCCAACCUGAAGACCACGUAGGGCAGGGCCUAGCCGCUCCAGGCCUAAAUAAAUAACUUUUGAGUUGGGGGAAGGAAGGGGGUGGAUUGGGCAAGCGUUUGAGUGCAUUGCAGAGAUUCUGUCACGUGAGUGGAUGCUUAAGAAAGAAGAUGCCAGAAUCUGCAUGCAUGCUCACAGAUAAUGCCACGGGGAUGACGCACAACGACGCAAGGGAUUAGAGAGAAUGAAAAUAAAACGGCGGACAAUUGUGUGCAAUGUUACGUGGCCAAAGAAGGUGUGACCAUUUUUAUUGUUAAGGUGUGUAGUGAUGGCAUCCUUCACCACCCAGCCCCAAACAUUUGUCAAGGGGUUCGAUUAGAGAUUUGCUGACCGAAAAUGGAACAAACGCCACCGGCAUCCAUCUGUAUAUCCUCCUGAUAUAUUCAUACAUCAAGCAUGUCAACAAAAACGGAGGUCGGGUGGGUGACGGUGAGCAGCGAAGAGACUAGAACUCAGUUCCCCUCUUGCCCUAAACCCUCUGCUGCAAUGCCAUGGAAUAAUGCAAUAAUUACAAUGGUAGAAAAAAGCCCAUUUUAAAACACAGGAAGUGGCCUUCAUUAGAUAAAAUGAGAAAAUCCAUGUACAGAUCUCCUUUGUUUUUAAAUUGGGUUAUAAGGGUUUGAUUUCAUUCAUUUGAUUGGUUGGUUGGUUUUUCUUCCCUAUGCCCUUCAAGCCGGCCUUGUGUAGCAGAAUGUUAGGGACAGUACUUUUUUUUUUUUUUUUUUUGUCACAUGUUCAGAGGCCUUUCAGCUGCCCCCUGAGAUUUGUACUGCAAAGCUCCUACAUGCAUCCCAGCAUGCACAUUCACACUCUGACCGUCCUCUUCUAGUUUUUUCAUCGGGCCACAUCACAAGGUGACUUGAAAUGGUGGAUAAAAUCAGUUGGUUUGGGGUUUAGAUACGGGAUCGGUCGCCUUGGAAGCCCGUGAAGCUUUAAAUCUAUGGCUAAUUAUCAGCCUUUUCAAAUCAUGGCAGCAUUAGGGGCCUCUUACAGAUGGUUUGAUCGAGACAUUCAAAUAAGAAGUCGUGUUCUGUAUGGACCUGUAUUUACUCAUCAGUUUUUGAUGUUGAAACACUGUGAUUAUUAUAAAUGUUGUUGGACAACAUUCGAUAAAAAGAAAGUAGACAAAAAAAAAAAACAUGAAAUUUUGGAGGGUUUUGGAUAUUAGCGUUCAUGAGAUGUAAGGCUAGCUAUUUCAUUAUUCACAUCUUAUUGGAGACACUUUAAUCCUUUUUUCCCCUUUGUACUUUCUUUAUAUUAUUAGAUAAAUGUGAAUGUAAAUGGAUUCAAUUAACGUACUUGAAGAAACGAAUCUUUCCCUAAACCCGGUGAGCUUUCUGAAGAUUCUAGUGCCUUGCUUUAUUUUUGUGUUACUAGUUUUUGCUUUGGGGUUUAAUAUAAACGGCAGCGGAGAGUCUCUGGUUGGAGUGCUGGACUUCACAGAAGGUGAUUAUUAAUAUAUUGCAGGAACGAGGUGUUGUUUUGGAUGCCGUUUUGAAUUGGCUACGACUGAAUCCAUUUGAUGGCACAGUCCUAGUCGCCAAAAGCUUCGUGUAUAAGGUGCGCAAACACACGAUCCAGCCGUUAUAUCACAUUCAAAGGCUGUCAAAGUGUUUAAGGGUUGAGUUUUAGAUACUUUGAUCAAUCUACCUUAGUAUGCAAGUGGAAGUGUGCCUAUCAUCAGCACAUAGAUGAGUCAUUUGAACUUCUUUUUCCGACAACCGCGGUGUCUUUGUUUUCCAGAUGGAUUCUUAAACCGUGCGAACGCUUCUUGUGAAGGUGAGGGUUCGGCUCAGAUAGAAACGCGGGACGAGGAAAGUUAGUACGUAUGGGACAGUAUGUUGUAAGUAUCUCAAAACCACCAAUAGCUUAGAUGUUUUUCCAGCACUGCUCAAUCGGUUUUGACGCCAUCCAGCGUCGAAUCCUCUCUGGUGUGCAUAGGGAGACACGUUUGACUCAUUUAGCAACAGAUGUGACAGCAAGUCGAGAAAAGGACCAGAAAGGUGGGAGGAAGACUGUUAGCGGCCCUCACCGACACAAGAACGCCACUCUCUGCCAAAACAGCACUUUGAAGACUAUUUCUGGCUGGUUUCUCUUCAAUCCGCUUCUUCUUAACUCUCACUGCCCAUGUAAGUUCUCACAUCACCGUACUGACAACGGCCUUCGGUUUUUGCGGCAGAUCAGUAGCUUCUUUUUGGAAAACCUUUGUGUAGCAGUCAGUCGGAUCACUCUUGUAAAUGCUUUGGUUUAGCACAUUCGACUGUGCAGACGAAUAGAGAACAGUCCUGGUCCACCAGAAACAAAUGUACAGAUCCUUAGAGCAUUUUAUUUGGGGUACAAUAACGUAGUGGAGAUGCUCUCAUCACCUUAACUACUGAAAGGACUUAGAUUUCAACUCGUUACAUACCGCUUAGUGUGCCGUCUGCGUGAAAGGUCUGGUACAGGAGCUUCACUUUAGGUCAACUGUACAGUUUAGAUUCUCAACUGGCUCUCUAUAUUCAAAAUCUGAUCGUUUCACCUUUAUCUCUUGCUUUGUACACAACGCUUUACCUGUAGACAGCUCGUUUGUUUCCCACUUUACGUCGCUCGGUUCAUUCAAACUGUGAACACAUCAAAAGGUCUUUAACAAAGAGGUCCAACCUGCUCAGUGUUCAGACUAAUGAAAUACUACCUUCUGAGUGCCAUGUCCCUGUCUCAGAUAUGACGCAAGUGUUAAUUUGCUCUCGCUGUAAGAAACAGGUCCCCCUGUUUGACUGUAGAGGGCGCUAAUGUAACUGCAGUGCAGGACGUACAAAGUUAAACGAGAUUCGCCUCUGACCUCUGAUGGAAAUGAUACAGCACCUUGGAAAAUAUAAACAAAAAAAAAAAAAACUUUUCUUUGCUUUGAAAAAAAAAAAUGUUUGCAGCGUGCUGAUGUACGAACGAGCCGUUCAGCGUCGCUAGACAUUCAGUUUAUGAUGAAAAAAAACAAUACAAUGUAUUUUUCCUUUCUUUUUGCAUGAGACUUUAGUUACACAGGAAAAAAAAAAUGCACACAAACUCACUCUAAACUAUCUUAUUGAAUGAAUCCUCCUUACUAGUCGCUCUCCUGUGGAAAGAAAUACAACAGAACAAUGUUUACUUAAUGCUACUGACCCGUCAUUAAGUUAUUUUGUUUUGUACUACUAUCUGAUCCGCUUGUUUUGCUGUCUUUUGAGUCUCUAGAUUUCCUCUGGUGACUUUCAUUCAGUGUUUGUUUUUGUUUUUCUCCGUAUGAUAUUUAACAUUGUACAAAAUGUUAAAAGAGUUACUUAAAAUGAAAACCAAACAAAAACAUGUAGGGAAUCAUCGGCAAUGUUUAACUGUAUGUUUUGCACUAAGUAUAGGAUGUUCAAGCUUCAUAUAAAACUGCGCUUUGCGCUCCAAUAAAACAGCAUUUGUUACCCUAUUUGUAAACUUAAUAAAAGUCAUUUAAGUAAAUCAA